AUGGCAUCUGCUCUUGAAUUCAUACGCCAACAUCUUCUUGAUGAUUAUACUUUCAUGGAAGAAAACUCUCAAGCUUCUUCGAAUUACUUUGAGUUUGAAACAAAGCCACAGAUUAUUAACACAAACCCUGUAAAACCAACUAGCUUUAAUGAUAGAAAACCUUCGCUGAACAUUGCUAUUCCAGAAGCGAGCAAGAAAGUAGCGUACUUUGGGAGUAAUAAUGUUAGCAACAGUACUGUUCUUGAACGGAAAGUUGAAGAAUCCGAUGACCGGAGGCAUUACCGGGGUGUCAGGCAACGUCCGUGGGGGAAGUUCGCGGCGGAGAUUCGUGAUCCUAAUCGAAAAGGGACACGGAUUUGGCUGGGGACUUUCGACACGGCGGUUGAGGCGGCGAAAGCUUACGACAGGGCGGCGUUUAAGCUGAGAGGCAGCAAGGCUAUACUGAAUUUUCCACUUGAAAUUGGAAAAUCUAAUCCCCUGCCGGAAAAUGAUGCUCCGCUGAAGGCUUGCCGGAAAAGGGCUAGAGAAAAUGAGAACGAAGAGAUAGAAAAGAAGGAGGUGAAGAGAGAGGAGGCGCAAGAAUUGCCAGCCGCUGCCGUUCCUUUAACGCCGUCAAGUUGGACGGCGGUUUGGGACUGUGUAGAUAUGAAAGGCAUCUUCGAAGUGCCGCCGUUAUCUCCCUAUUCAAAUUUGGGUUGCCCAAGGCUUAUGGUUAUUUGA